UUUUCUUUUUCUGUAUACUUUGCUCAGAUAUCUCUGCGGUGAUGGUUAAGAUGGUUAUGGGGCUUAACUUAUGAGAAGUCAUACUAUUUAAGUUUCAUCAGCCUGACUGAAUCUGCUGCAUUGACGCUCCAUAUAUACUACUAUUUCUUCAUAGCUAGCUAUUCUUUUCCCUUUAAAAUCAUGGUCGAUGAGGGUGUUUUUCAGCCACCUGAGCGCAAGUGGAAGAUUCCACUCCUUGUUUUCUUCAAAGACGCGAGUCUUGUUUUCAAGAUGGAUGAACUUGGCUCAGAGAUACUAUGCAUAGCUUUCCCUGCUGCUUUGGCCUUGGCUGCUGACCCCAUUGCCUCUCUGAUCGACACAGCCUUUAUUGGCCAUUUAGGUCCGGUGGCGCUUGCUGCUGUAGGAGUUUCUAUCGCAAUCUUUAAUCAAGCUUCAAGGAUAGCGGUAUUCCCACUUGUCAGUAUCACAACUUCUUUGGUUGCUGAGGAAGAUACUAUUGAAAGAAUAAGCAAUGAAGUACCAAAAGGUGAAAACUCAGAGAAGGUUUCAGACAAGAACUGUGAAACAAAAGAGUUGAAGGAUGCAGAUGCAAUGCUUGAGAUCUUGGAAGAGGGUUCAACCAAAGACAGUGAAAUGAAAGCUUCGAUGCCAGAAGACGAUUCCAAGACUAGUGCAGCCCCUUGUGUUAUCACCGGCGGUCGAAAUAAGGCUAAAUCGAAACGUGAGAAGCGGCAUAUCCCUUCAGCAUCAACGGCGCUAGUCAUUGGUGGACUGCUUGGCCUGAUCCAAACCCUAUUCCUCAUAUUUGCAGCAAAACCUCUCUUGAGUUUCAUGGGUGUGAAAUCUGGUUCUCCAAUGCUGCCCCCAGCUCUAAAGUAUUUGACAUUAAGAUCACUUGGUGCUCCGGCUGUUCUUCUCUCUUUAGCCAUGCAAGGAGUUUUUCGGGGUUUUAAGGAUACAAAAACUCCUUUAUACGCCACUGUUGCAGGAGAUCUAACAAACAUCAUUUUGGACCCGAUAUUUAUUUUUGUUUGCCGUUUGGGCGUCAGCGGCGCAGCCAUUGCCCAUGUUAUUUCUCAGUACUUAAUAUCACUUAUCCUCUUGCUGAAAUUGAUGACACGAGUUAAUCUCUUACCUCCAAGACUUAAAGAUCUGCAAUUUCAUCGGUUUCUCAAAAAUGGUUUUCUACUCUUAUGGAGGGUGAUAGCAGUGACAUUCUGUGUGACCUUGGCAGCAUCGUUGGCUGCUCGACUCGGCUCGAUUCCUAUGGCUGCAUUCCAGAUAUGCUUACAGGUCUGGUUGACAUCGUCGCUUCUCGCUGAUGGUUUGGCUGUUGCUGGACAGGCAAUCUUAGCUUGUGCCUUUGCUGAGAAGGACUAUGUCAAGGCAACAGCGGCUGCAACCCGAGUAUUGCAGAUGACCUUUGUUCUAGGCUUGGGGCUCGUUCUCCUCGUUGGAGUUGGUUUAAAAUUCGGUGCGGGAGUGUUCACAAGGGACCCACACGUUCUGCAGCUCAUUAGUAUAAGCAUUCCAUUUAUCGCGGCGACACAACCAAUCAAUUGCUUAGCCUUUGUUUUCGAUGGAGUGAACUUUGGAGCAUCGGAUUUUGCAUAUACUGCAUACUCCAUGAUUUUGGUGUCCAUACUGAGUAUUGCAUCCUUGUUCUACCUCUCUAAAACAAAUGGCUUCGUGGGAAUCUGGGUUGCUUUAACCAUCUACAUGGUCCUCCGCAUAUUAGCUGGGAUUUGGAGGAUGGGCACAGGAACAGGACCCUGGCAUUUUCUUAGGGGUCAAUUCCGAUUGCCAUAGUAUUUGUAAUUCAAUCAAUUUAGAAUCUUUUCAUGUAUUUCUAUCAUCAUGAACUUUCUGUCUUCAAAUGUUUGUUUUGUUCUAGAGUCGCUCCCCAAGCUUCUUUGGGCUAUGUUUUUUACCUGGUUGUUCUCAAGUUGGCCUAGUAAAAUAAAAGGCUUGUGGUGUGAUGAUAAGUUGUACUUGUCGAUUGCAAAGGGAUGGGAUAUCUCUAUUGCCUUGGCAGAUUAAUAAAUAUAGCCAUUUUCAAUUUAA